UCUCACCUCUCUCCCUGAGUGUCGUUCAAUUGCCUUCUUUACUUUGCCAUAGGUCCCUCUUCCUAAAGUCUCGAGCAAUUCGUAGCGAUGUUUCAGGUUAUGCUUGUGGUGGUGUUUCUUGAAGCCUGAAUUUCUACUGCUGCCAUCGCCAGCUGCCGGUGUCUCUGCAAUUGAAUGACCGACAGGUAGCGGUGGAGGGGACAGGUCACCGCCAGAUGGUUUACCCGAUGAGUGCUGCUGACCUCAUCUGUAUCCAGCUCCAUGACAGUGGGUUCCUGCACGCUAAGAGCCUGGCCCGCGUCAACACCUCCUGUCGACAGGAAGAGUGUGGCAUUGAUACCCCUAGGGCUUCUGUCAGGGAGAGACGGACAGUUCUGUCUGGAGACCCCAGGCAGAUGGGUCCAAUUGUGAAGACCAAGCUGGCGCAGGCAUUGAGCCAUGGGGUGUCCAUGCUGGAGAGACUGAUGGCCAACCCCCUGUACACAAGAGAGAGGGGGAUAAAACCCAAAGCUGAGAUGAGGGAGGGAAACAACCCGUCGUGGUUCAACCCUGGAGAGGUGGUACAGAUGAUGCUGUACUGCUGCCAGCUGGCCAAGAAGCUCUACAAUCCUGUAGCUGCCACUGACAUUGGCAUUAUCGCUCCCUACAGGAAACAGUCAGAGAAGAUCCGUGUGCUGCUCCACAGGGUGGGCCUGUCUGACAUCAAGCUGGGCUCUGUGUAGGAGUUCCUGGGACGGGAGUUCCUGGUCAUCAUCUUGUCCACGGUGAGGGCGAAUGAGUCAGUGCAGGGCAACGACCUGCAAAGCAUCCUGUGAUUGCUGUCCAACCACAAGUGCUUCAACAUGGCAGUCGUUCGGUCCAAAGCCCUGCUCAUCGUCAUGGGAAACUCGCACGUCCAUCGUCAAGGAUCCAUGCUUCAACGCUCUCCUCCAGUACUCUUUUGAAAAUGAGGCCUUCCUGGGCGGUGACCCCUAACCUCUAUCAGGGCUGCACACGGGUGUGUUUAGAGUGUAUUAUGCACCCCCCACACACACACACACACACACACACACACACACACACACACACACACACACACACACACACACACACACACACACACACAGAGUUUGCUGUGCUCACUACUGCCCAGCUGUCCAUCACUCCAACACUAUCGGUCCCAUUAUGUUCAAAUAGAGUUUUCUUCAUUCAUUUAUCACAUUACCAUGACUUGGCUCUCUACAUUUGUUCUUCUACACAGUGAGCUGCAUAUGUGUUAAUCAAUGGAAAUAUGUAUUGAGAUGUCUUUGGAGAAUGCACUCCAACUCCAAACUGCUGUAACGGCAAACUUUAGAUGCAGUUGUCAUGCAGUCCACUGGGUGGCAGUAGUACAUAUGAUGAUACAAGACUUCGGUGUUCAUUUUUCUUAUUGGAUUAUUGGACUUUGACACCAGUGUCUAUUUCAUUUUGUGCUAGCUAGGUCAUUGUUGUAUUGUCAAUGAGUCUAUAUCUAGCAACACUUCCAAAGGUGUGCUUUAGAAACAUCCUGCUAUAAUAGAAGAGGACUGGUGCCAGUGGCUACCUGUGAGAAACCUAUCACGCGUAAGAGAGGUACUGGGACCGUUCCAUGGUACCUGAGUCCCACAUCAAAGAGCUCCUCAGGUAAACUCAGUGAAGCUCCCUGGCAGUGUGGCACAUUCAAAUAAAAGCUGUCACCUCCCAACUCAUUAGAGUCCUAUUGUGAUUCAGUCCCAGCACCACCCCCUCUCCUCUACUUUCUCGCUGGGCUCCACCAGGGCUGACUGUCACAGGCGAGUCAGCCUGUCAGUAGCACUCAGUUGUCACAUCCAGUCUCCGGGUGGACCUAUAGGCAGACACAGGCAGACGCUGCCUGCCGGGGUGUUUAGACACACUGUCUCCUGCAGCCUAGCAUAUGCUAUUACUCGCAUUGCUCAAAAGUGUCUGAGACACUUAAAAAUAAUAGUCACUCAAUAGAAUGGUCUCCCUUCACUGCCAGCAGGCUAAAUAUGACAACAGCCAGGGACCUAAGAGACAGGGUUAUAAUGUGUUUUUAUAUUUGUUUUUAAGUGUAGUUUCAGUAUGUUUUCAGACCUGAUUUGCUAGUUUUUAUUUCUGUUUCAUUUUAGUUUUAGUGUUUGAGACAGAAAGCAUGCCUGGGAGACUAGAAGACAUUUGUGUUUUUGUUUUGUUUUUUGGAAUGUAACUUCUUGCAACUGGGGGUGAAACAAUAGAUAAAGUAAUGAGUCAGAUCAUAGGUUAGGUUUAAAUGAUAAACUAUCUGUGACUUGGAUUUAAAAUGAAUAGCGCCGAGACUGGUGCAAAAAAUAUGGUAACUCUCUCUCUCGCCCAUGUUUACACCAAUGAGGAGUAGGGGUUUACACCAAUCCAAUGAUUUUUAACUUGUAAGGAGUAUCAAGUUAGCUACCGAUUUCUAUUUGAAACACCAACUCCUAACAACAUUUACCUGCCAGCUUCAAAAGCUUGAAAACUUCACAAAAGCUUGAAACCCCCAUUUCUGACCAAAGUUUAGGGGAAAAAAACUCAAACUUCUAUUUUAUUUUUGGUUUCAACGAUAAUAGUUUCGGUGUAGUUAGAAUUUUUCAAACUGGUUUGUUAAUUAUUUUAUUUCGGUUGACAAAAUAUUUUUUUCAUUAUUAUUUUUAUAUUAGUUUUAGUUUACUGUAUUAACCUUGCUAAGAAGUUGUGUUGACUACAUUCAGGUGGAAAAGACAACAGUUUAAUGUGUUACUCCCAUGUUUUAGGCAUUCUGUAUGGAAGGGGCAACAUGCUGACUGACUACUCUCAGGAUAGCCAAGCUAACAUACCUACAAAUGAUCCACAGCUCCAAGUACUUUUAUUUGACAUUUAAGUAUAAAGAGAUUUUGGUUUGUCAUUAUUUUUGCUUGCCAGGUGAGAGGUGUUGCCAUAUUCAUAAAUGAGAACUUGCUGACAUGGACAUAUAGGUUUAACAGUAGACACGUGGUUGGCAGUGUACAUAGCUCAUUCCGCUAGUGCUGUACUGAUUCAAUGACCAGUUUGUCUGAACACCUUUUGUUCAAUAAAACCAUACCGAAUAAGAUGA